AUGUCAGAAAGAUCAGACAUUCUUCACUUCAAAUUUGACAAUUAUGGGGAUUCGAUGUUACAGAAAAUGAACAAGCUGAGGGAAGAAAAUAAAUUUUGCGAUGUCGUGGUCCAUAUAGAUGAUGUUGAAGUUCACGGGCAUAAAAUUGUUUUUGCUGCUGGCUCUCCUUUUUUAAGAGAUCAGUUCUUACUAAAUGACUCCAGGGAUGUGAAAAUCUCCAUACUGCAGAGUUCAGAAGUGGGGAGGCAGCUGCUUCUGUCCUGUUACAGCGGCAUCCUGGAGUUCCCUGAAAUGGAACUGGUGAACUACUUGACCGCCGCAAGCUUUCUGCAGAUGAGCCACAUUGUUGAGCGCUGUACGCAGGCUCUCUGGAAGUUUAUAAAACCGAAACAACCACUGGAGAGCAAGGAGUGUGAGCAGCAAAGUGACUCCUCUGACCUGAAGGAGCAUCAAGGAGAUGACGACUCUCUGCAGCAAGAUUCACCUUGUAUUCAACCUUCAGAAGACAGUAUGGACAUGGAGGAUAGUGACAUUCAGAUCAUCAAGGUGGAGUCCAUUGGGGAGGUAACAGAGGUUAGGAACAAGAAGGAUCAGAACCAGUUUAUUUCUUCUGAACAAACUGCACUGCAUUCCUCAGAGCCUCAACACUUUCUUAUCAACUCCACUGUUGAAAACAGAGCAAGCGAAGUAGAGCAAAACCACCUCCACAACUAUGCCCUUUCAUACGCUGGCAGUGACAACAUCAUUCUAGCCUCUAAAGAUACGUUUGGGCCUAACAACCGAGGUAUAGACAAAGGCCUCCAGUGGCACCAUCAGUGUCCAAAGUGCACAAGAGUAUUUCGGCAUCUGGAAAACUAUGCUAAUCACUUAAAGAUGCAUAAACUAUUUAUGUGUCUUCUCUGUGGCAAGACGUUCACUCAGAAAGGCAAUCUGCACCGGCACAUGAGAGUGCAUGCAGGCAUCAAACCGUUCCAAUGUAAGAUCUGCGGGAAAACAUUCUCUCAGAAAUGCUCCUUACAGGACCAUCUCAACCUGCACAGUGGGGACAAGCCCCAUAAGUGUAACUACUGUGACAUGGUUUUUGCGCAUAAACCCGUUCUGAGGAAACAUCUUAAACAGCUACAUGGUAAAAAUAGCUUUGACAAUGCCAAUGAAAGAAACGUUCAAGACAUAACAGUAGACUUUGAUUCAUUCACAUGUAGCGCUGCUACAGACAGUAAGGUCUGUCAGCAAACUGAUGCAAGCCAGGUACUGGAUGCAGGGAAGCUGCCUCAGGCUGUGCUCAGUUUAAGAAAUGAUAGUACUUGCGUCAAUUAAGCAAUUAAAACCAGCCCUUUGUAGGGAUUGUGACUGAGAGGAGCAAAAGGUUUGGCUGGACUCUUAACCUAAACUAGUGGUAUGUUCUGAAAGGCUAUGGAUGGAUGGCAGGUUAGAUUGCAAGCCCUGGCAGGUCUUCAGCCACCAUUGUUAGUCUUACUCGAUAUUUUCUGUGAAUAGUGAUCUUCCUUCAGGUUUCUGUCUGUGUCUCUACUGUGGAUU